AUGGAAGCCCUCCAGGGUACUACUUCCGUCCCGGCACCGGCUCAGGGCGCCGCAAGUGGCACAUCUGCCUCUCCUCAAGUAGGUGUGUCACUGUCCCCCAUGCCAUCUCCCCCACACCAUCUCCCCUACUCCAGCCCUCCAGGGUACUACUUUCGCCCCGGCACGGGUUCAGGGCGCCGCAAGUGGCACAUCUACCUGCCCGGGGGGGGAUGGUGUCUCACUGUCGCGGAAUGUAUUGAACGGGCGGACACAAAUUUCGGGUCUACAAGAGGAUACCCCAAGCACCCCAGCGGCCGAGCUUGGUUUGGAGGUAUACUGAGCGCCCACGAGACCGUGAACCCCGUCUUUCAUAACUGGAACCUUGUGAGGUUGGUCUACUGCGAUGGGGGCGGCUAUGCCGGCACGAGAGGGCGGAUCAAGCUUACAAGCAGCUACUCGGGUUUGAACACAACGGCCACUGCUUCGAAAGCAGUGAGGCUCGCCGUGGCAACGAAUGUGAGCUUUGAGGCGGCCGGCUCAACGGAGUCAACCAAGUCAACGGGUUUAACCAACUCAACGGAUCCAGCCAAGUCAACGGAGUCAACCAAGUCAACGGAGUCAAAGCUGUCACUGCAUUCAGCCAUCUACCUGGACGGAUGGAACAUCGUUCAGGCCGUGCUGCAAGACCUCCAGCACCACCGUGGAUUUGGCGCCGCCGCCCAGAUUUUGCUUUCGGGCAGCUCGGCUGGCGGGCAGGCCACGGCAAACCUCUGUGAUUGGAUGGCCUCUUCUUUCCCAUCCGUGUCCACCCGAUGCCUUGUGGACUCUGGCUUCUUUCUUGACACUAGGGACCGCUUUGCAAGGCGCACCUUUCGUGCGGUGGCACGGAAAUUGACCUGGCUGCAUCGUCCGCUCAACCCCACCUGCUCCUAUGCCGCCAGGCGAUCGGAGCAAUGGAAGUGCUUCUUCCUACAGCACACCCUUCUCGACAUCUCCACUCCAAUCUUCCUCUUCCACACCCCCUUUGACUACGCCGCUGCCAUGAUUGGGCCAACUCGUCGUGUUCAAAGGGGGAACGCCAAGCUUUUUUCUGGGCAGCGUGGACUCUUUACGAUCAAGUAA